AUGGACCUUGAAAUAUGCUCUUUUCCUGCCUACACGGGAGGCAUAUUCAGAUCGUGUAUAAGGUGGAAGAAAUGCGGGCGUGCAUCCCAGAGGCCUAGUCUUCUGGCAGCACGGAUUACCGGAGCUGUAAGGAUCGAUGGAAAGGAGAUCAAGCUCCUAGAGUCUACGCCUGUCGAGCUCCGAAUGGAAGAGGGAUCCGAGACUAUGUAUAGAUGCAUCAUACCAAGAAGCGCUCCUCCCUCAAUGAGGCUGAGGAGUCUAGAAGUUGUAUACACGAUUAUUGUGGAGGGAUACUAUGGAAAGAAGAAGAAUGUGAGGGCGGAGAUGUUUGAUGUCUAUCCCGUCGGAUUUGAGCCUUCUGGGAAAAUAGAGAGCAUCAUAGUCCACGAAGACAUGAUCAGAAUUGGGGAUGGAGAUGAUACUGCAUUUGGAGAGAUCGUUAGUUCCCUAAGGAAUAAGCCUGCAAGUUCUGGGACUAUUGCGGAGAUGGUGGAGCAAAAGAGACAUGUCCUUGAAGAGUUCCCUAGGUUUAUGAAUAAGGUUGUGGAAAGAUACAAGAAGGAAAGCAAAGGGGACAUAUACUUCUAUGUAUCAAUAGAGGGGGACUCUGGAGUCGAAGUAGGUAGGCACAGAGUUAAUGCUUGGAAUGGCGAUGAGGAGGUUGCCAAGAUCGAGUAUCGAAGGCAUCUUAUUGAGAGUGAUGUAAUGACGAUAUGGUACAAAAGGAACAUCAGAUCAACAAGGAUAGUGCUGAUGGUGGCGGAAUGUAUCGAUGGAAAGGUUUCAAGCAGUGAGGAGAGGGUUGUCAAGGAGUUUAAUUCGAACAUGUGUCUUUACAAGAGAGUGCCGGUUAAUGUAAAGCAUGACUGGUUUACCUUUGACUGUGCACUAUUUUCUGUGAGGUUUUCAUACAGGAUAGAGUUUGACGGAGUUGGGUUUGUACUACCGGUAAACAAGGUCUCUCCAAAGGCAAGGAUAGGCAUGGACGAGUAUCAGCAAAUAAUCCUUUCAAACGAAAACCGAGUAUGA